UUUCUUUUUCCCAUGUUUCCUAGCCAGCGCUAGCCAGCAAAAACAACCGUCCUAUUUUCUAUUAUUUUCAUUUUGAACAUAUCUACUUUUCGUCCUUAUACUUAUUUCUCUAUCUACCUACAAGGGGAAAGAUUCUCCCAUACAUCUACCUCCUCCACAGUCAUGGACGAGACGAGUCCGCUGGUGUCUCCGCUGCGGGACUCGGGUGAGUUCAGCUACUGCCCCGUGGAGCCCCCCAGACCACCGGGCUCCGCGCUGCGGAUGCCCGCCGACAGUCCGGGGCGCAGCCGCGAGAGGCAGCCGCUCCUGGACCGGGACCGGGGAAACGCGCACCGGGAACCGCACAGGAACGACUUCCCAGAAGAUCCCGAGUUCAGGGAUAUCAUCCGCAAGGCCGAGCGAGCCAUAGACGAGGGGAUCUACCCGGAGAGGAUCUACCAGGGCUCCAGCGGGAGCUACUUUGUCAAAGAUGCACAGGGGAAAAUCAUUGGCGUGUUUAAACCUAAAAAUGAAGAGCCUUACGGCCAGCUGAAUCCCAAAUGGACUAAGUGGCUCCAAAAAUUAUGUUGUCCCUGCUGUUUUGGCCGUGACUGUUUGGUUCUGAACCAAGGGUACCUCUCGGAGGCCGGGGCCAGCCUGGUCGACCAGAAACUGGAGCUCAAUAUUGUACCCAGGACCAAGGUGGUGUAUUUGGCAAGUGAAACAUUCAACUACAGUGCCAUCGACAGAGUCAAAUCUCGAGGAAAAAAGCUCGCUCUGGAGAAAGUGCCGACAGUGGGCCAGCGCUUCCACAGGAUCGGACUGCCGCCCAAGGUUGGCUCCUUCCAGCUCUUCGUUGAUGGAUAUAAGGAUGCAGAUUUCUGGCUACGGAGGUUUGAAGCUGAGCCUUUGCCUGAAAACACAAACCGUCAGCUCCAGUUGCAGUUUGAGCGGCUCGUAGUCCUUGAUUACAUCGUCCGAAACACAGACAGAGGAAAUGACAACUGGUUACUAAAAUACGACUGCCCCAUGGAUCCUGUCGGUAACAGGGACACAGACUGGGUAGUGGUGAAGGAGCCUAUCAUCCAGUUGGCAGCCAUAGAUAACGGGCUGGCCUUCCCCCUCAAACACCCCGACUCCUGGCGAGCCUACCCCUUCUACUGGGCGUGGCUGCCCCAAGCCAAAGUUGUUUUCUCUCAGGAAAUCAGAGAACUAGUCCUACCCAAACUAUCUGACCCAAACUUUGUCAAAGACCUCGAAGAGGACCUAUACGAAUUAUUUAAGAAAGAUCCCGGUUUCGACAGGGGACAAUUUCACAAACAAGUAGCUGUUAUGAGAGGGCAGAUCUUAAACCUGUGCCAAGCCCUGAAGGAUGGUAAAACCCCCCUCCAGUUGGUCCAAAUGCCCCCAGUUAUUGUGGAAACUGCUAGAGCACCUCAGAGAGCUAAUAGUGAGUCCUACACGCAGAGUUUCCAGAGCAGACGGCCCUUCUUCACAUGGUGGUAGGAAACGAAGAUGAGCAGGGGAACAGCAGGAGGCUGGAGUCUGGACUGAGGAGCGUCUGUUUAUGGACAGAGACAGAAUCUGAGAGCACAGGGUUUUGUGUUUUGUUUUUUUUUAUUAAUUAAAAAUCCUGAAAAUAAUUCUCACCUUCUCUCCUUGCCGAUAUUAUGGUACAGCCUGUGAGUUAGUGAGUGGAGAAAUGAGGCCAAAGGGGAAGGUUUUCCCGACAUCUUCACCGUUUGCUUCCGUGCCUUGUGUGUAUAAGAAAAAUGUAGGUGAUGAGGAUUCUGUUCCCUCCUGAGAGUGAUACCGGUGAGAAAAACAUUUCUUUGCACCCCUGGGUGCAUAUUAUGCUUGCUCACUUACACAUGCAUGCCAGUCAGAAGCCUCACAUCUGUGUUUGGAUGGAAGGAAAUGCAUUCCAUGAUUUUCUUUUUUUUUUGGUCAUACCUCUUUGCCUUUUAAUACUGCAUAUUCCCUCCCAUGCAGUCAAAAGCCCCAGGCUGGUGAAAGCAGUGUCACUAGAUAUGUGUUUUGUUUUCUAACAAAUAAGAGACGUGCUUAUUGUGAUUGAAGUCAUUCAGAUUUGGAAAGCGGGCACUAAAUACGUAACAGGACCUCUGUGAACUUCUUUCCAGUUGUUGAUUGCUCCUCUGAAGGCUCUGAUCGGCUGUUAAUUAGGGGUGAUAUUGCGAACCUUAGGUACUUUAGAUGAAGGAAGCUAAACAUGUUACAGUGGCCAGUGUUUGGCUGGUUUACCUGCUUUGGCUUUCCCUCAGAGACGGGUUAAAUCAUCUGCACCUAAGCAGAGCGGGAGAGGAGUCCCCACCAGCUCCUGUUCGUCUUGGCUUCAUUUUUAUGUUCAGUUAAUUUUCUGGCUACUGGAUGGACCCAAGUAAACAAAGAAGUAACUUCCUGCUGUACUGAACUGACAAGAAAUGUAUUGUGAUAAUGCACUGUAUAAUUUGUAUGUAAUAUUUAAUGAUAGAUUGUAAUUAAAACAUAUUCAGCUAAUACAGAUGAUUUGCAUUCUUGCUGCUGUGCCACAAAUCUGAUCUAGUAAAAUAUAUUUAAAGCUGCUAUAAUCAAUAAUUUACUUUUUA